UUUUAGGGUUCUUCCAAGAUUAGGGUUUCUUAGGGCUUUUCGACGAUGAGGGCGCUUGGGUGAAAUCAGCGCGAUCGAUUGGGGAGCUAGAGAGAGCGAGAGGAUUAUGGGGCAGACGUUCCGGAAGCUGUUCGAUAGCUUGUUUGGGAACAAGGAGAUGAGGGUAGUGAUGCUGGGGCUGGAUGCCGCCGGCAAGACAACGAUCCUGUUCAAGCUACACAUAGGGGAAAUCCUCUCCACGGUUCCAACAAUUGGAUUUAACGUGGAGAAGGUCCAGUACAAGAAUGUGGUGUUCACGGUGUGGGAUGUUGGUGGCCAGGAGAAGCUAAGACCGCUCUGGAAGCACUACUUUAGCAGCACCGAUGCUCUGAUCUAUGUCGUGGACUCGUUCGACAAGGACCGGAUCGACAAAGCCGCCCUGGAAUUCCAAGCGAUUGUGAACGAUCCACUGAUGAGAAACAGCGCCAUCCUGGUGUUCGCAAACAAGCAAGACAUGAAGGGCGCCAUGUCUCCCACGGAGAUCUGCGCGGUGCUGGGGCUGGGAAAGAUGCGAGACCGACGGUGGCACGUCCAAGCAGCGUGCGCGAUCAAAGGCGAGGGUCUGUACGAAGGAUUGGACUGGCUGGCCGCGACGCUCAAACAUAUGCAAGCCGUGGGGGUUCCCACCUCGGUUGGAGGGCCAAGAACAGUGAGCUGACCCACACAAUCAUACAACGCUAAAGUAUUUUGAGUGAUAUUCCACCUCACAAAAGGUGGCAUAGGCACAAUGUAGCUAUAGCUGAAUAAGUCAAGGUUGAUGAUACCACUUUUUCUUUUC